GUUUGCGUCCCAAAUAAGAUGUGCCAACUAGCCAAACAGCAAAGUUUCUUGAACAAUAGACAAAUAAGUAGGUGCGGCACGUAAAAGUUCAGCUCGUUUGUGUAAUGGCGUGCAAGAGCUGCCGUUUGAGUGAGUGAGCGAGUGAAAAACAUUAUUGAGCUCUAGAUUCGCUGAUCUUCUGCAGUCUUCAGAUGGCUUCGUCCUUCUUCUUGCACAACGGUCGGUUGCCCUUAGUCCAGGGCUCCGCUGGAUGCUGCUGCCAGUUGUGCUUGCCAAAUCAGACCUUCUUGGUCGACCCGGCGAUCGCUGGAGAGCACUCCCUCCCAUUGCUCAGCACUCGAGUUUGGUAUAACGGGUACCACGUCUAUCUUCUGGCAUGCCCACGUUAUGUGAUACAGCGUGGGUGUUUCAUGGCACCAGGGGCAUUUGUCAUUGUAUUGUGUGGGAUACAUUUUGCUGAGUACGUUUAGGUUCGGGUACGAGCCCGUUUGUCGCUGCCUCCACGCGACAGAGUCCUCUCUGCUUAGGGAGUUGUGCAGUGGUGGAUACCGCUUUCUGCAGCCCUUGUAGUAAUUUAGUAUCGCCGAAUAGUCUUGAGGUACAGGUUUGGUCCCCCCGAGGUUGCCUACGUUGGAUGCUCGGUAAUAAGUGUACCCUGGAGCUAUCCUGUCCGCCUCUUGGUUCCCUGCCACUCCCGUGUGUCCCGGCGUCCAUACCAUAAUAUGCCUAAUUGGUUCUUCAUUUGGUUGUCAUUGUGUUAUGCGGUCUCCGGAGCAGAGUAUGCAGAGCGCUCCAUGCCCUAUUUUGCCGCGUAGGUUGUUGCGGCACGCCGUUUGUGAGUCUGUAAGGAUUGUUAGAGACCGUUUAGAUCGAUAUCCCUCCGCUGCCGCUAGAGCGACGGCCGCUUCUUCAGCCUCGACUAUCGUACAGUCUUGUAGUGAUGCGCUGGUGAUCUCGUGUAGUUUCGAAUCAAUCACCGUUGCUACCGUGUUGCUGUUGCUCUGCCCCACUGCUCUGGCGUAUGUGGCUGUGUCCACGUAUGCGUCGUUUCUUGGGGUGCUAGUGUCUUUUGUAGGUAUUCAGCCCUGGCCUCUCCCCGUGCUUUGUGUAGGUUGGGAUUCAUGUUCCUGGGUAUGGGUGCUACCUUUAGUGUGUUGCGAUAGUCGUCCGGAAUUGUUUUGGUCCUCUGUAUCUCUUGAAGUUGAUCGGCGCAGCCUAGUUUCUUCAGGAGCUCCCUGCCAGAUAGGGUCUGCUGUAGUCUGCACAGUUGGGAAACUAGUUGCGCCUCUCUCAAUUCCUCGAAGGUGUUGUGUAGUCCUAAGGCUAGGAGCUUUUCGGUUGAAGUGUUGUGGGGAAGGUGGAGUGCAGUUUUGUAGGCUUUGUGUAGAAUUGCGUCCGCCUGUUGUACCUCACUCUUGAUGGGAUGUAGUAGGGGAGGCUGUAUGCCACUCAGCUGACCACCAGGCUUCUGACCAGCUUGAGUGUGUUCUCCUCUCACAUGCCGUGGCGUCUGUCGAGGCAGCCACGGGCGUGAUUAUGCGGGCCACUUGUAGGGUGGAUGCCUUGAGUAGGGCGAGGGUGUGGGUGCAGCGUAGCGUUGGCUUGACUGUAUCCACAUCCCCACGAUUCUGAUGAGCGUCUUUUCCGAUAUCGGCUUCCCCUCGAGGCUUCUCCAUUUACCUCACAAUCCCUGACAUGCAUAAAAAGACUGAUAUGCCUGUUUUGGCAAUAUUCCAAUUGGCUCAGUCUCACAUGUUCGAAAAGGUUCCAGAUUAUUUUCGUGUAUUCACAGAUGCAUCUGUACACAGUGACGGUGAAGGCGCCUCUGCAGCUUUUUUCUGCCCUUCGACUCAAGUAUGGCGUAUCUUCCAAAUACCUCAUCCAACUUCGUCAACAACUGCUGAGCUAGCCGCGAUAGGUGUUGCACUGAAAUACGUGCAAGAGGAGUUAACUACAUCGAAGAUUGUCAUCUUUACAGACUUCCGCGCUGCCCUUAGCAGGUUACAAAGCAGUGAGAUUGAUUGUCCACUUGUGCGCCGCAUUACUGACUCUGUGAGCAAAAUUUCAUCACGUGGGGUGUCUCUCGUUGCUCAAUGGAUACCUUCACACGUAGGAAUCGCUGGAAAUGAAGAGGGUGAUCGGCUCGCUUCAACUUGCGCUCAUAACGACUGUGACUGCCCAGAAAUUUUGUGCAAGCUUGAUGACGCUCGUCUGCUGAUUUGUCGCCACCUACUCAAACAGCAUCCAGACCAGCGCGUCGCAAAUGGAACGUUCCUGCCCCGUGUUCGCGGUCGAGGCUUGCCUCGACACACUAGAGCACAACUGCUCAAGCUGAGGGUGGGCUGUGUGAACGUGUACGAACGAUUAUACAGACAAGGACAUGUGGCGAGUCCAUCGUGUAUGUCUCGUGGCCGCUACAAGACACUUCAGCAUCUUAUAUUUGAGUGUCCCGCUUUCAGUGCGCAGCGCAUGUCGCUAGUGAGAGACUACCAUCUCCAUGGCCUGCGGUGCACGACACUCGACGAAUGUUUGUACCCCAGUGGUUGUGCGUCUAAACGUAAUCAGGCUCAUCGCACUCUACUUACUUUUCUAGAGUUAACGAACUUAGGUUCACGUUUGUAGCGUCGAGACUAUUUUAUUCAACAUUCUGUAGUAGCGUACGUGACUUUCAGUGACCGGCCCUACUGUGUGCGAUCUGUACUGUGUUCUACUUUAUUCUUUAGAUUUGUCCUGUUGCUCUUCCUUUUCUCUUCCCCCCCUCCUUCCUAUCUUCUAUUUCUGUGUUGCUCUCACCUCCCUUCUGCAGAGUAGGCAGGCGUUGUGCCCCUUCCGGUGGCACUUGCCAGCCUGCUCCUCGCUUUCCCUUUCCUGUUAAUUGUAUAUAUGUGUUCAAAACAAAUAAUAAUCCCCUCGAGGUAGACGUCAAGCUUUAACUCAUUACUGGUGGGGACUGUGCGGUUUCGCUUUCCUCUCCAAACUCUCAGGAGCUCGGACUUCUCAGUGGAGCCUGCUAGCCCUCUUGCUCUGACGUAGUCCUCUACGCAGGUGGCUGCCUCUUGUAACUUCUUUCUCUCUGAGUGAGCCUGUGUUAACCCAGAUGGUGAUGUCGUCGGCAUACAUGGAAUGGUGUAUGCCGUCUAUUUCUUUUAACUGCUUUGCCAAGCCAAUCAUAGCUAUGUUGAAAAGCGUGGGGGAGAUGACCGGCCCUUGAGGCGUCCCUUUGUUUGGAGUAAGGAACUUCUCUGAUUGGAGCCCUCCCAGGCCAGUCGUUGCCAUUCUGUUUGAAAGGAAGGCUUUGACGUAGCCGUAGACUCUCCUCUCACAGUCUAGGUCAUUCAUGCACGUGAGGAUAGCCUCGUGGCUUACAUUGUCAAAAGCCCCCUUGAUGUCCAAUGCCAUUAUUAUGUUCUCCCCGCUACUGGUUACAUUCCCGAGUACUUCUUUGAUUUGAAACAGUACGUCUUGGGUCGAUAAUUUUGCUCUGAAGCCGAACAUGCUGUGGGGAUACAGUUCGUUGUCCUCCGUGUACUGUUGUAGUCUCAGCGCCACCACUCGUUCGUACAGUUUUCCCAGGCACAAUAUGAGCGAGAUCGGUCAUAGGUUCUCAAUUUGCAGUUUCUUGCCUGGUUUAGAAAUCAUGACUACCUCCGCAUGCUUCCACUCCUCGGGGACCAUCUCCACUUCCCAGUGUUUGUUGAGAAAGUCGGUUAAUACUGCGACUAACUCAUCACUGAGGUUGCGGAUGAGUGCGUUAUUGAUCUUGUCUGCACCUGCGGCCGUGUUUCUGGUCGUGUUUCGUAUAGCUGCGUAGACCUCUUCUCGCGUGAUGGGUCUGUCCAGGUUAUCGUUUCCUCUUCCCUGGUAGCGCUCCGCGUAAGCUGCUGGGUUUGUGUCCCUGAAGCACUUAACACGUACCUUCUCCAGGAGUUCCGAGUUCCGCACACAUCCCAGGCUAAACAUCCCUAGAAUGCACUAAAGAUGCCGUGAAAGCAGCUGAACAUUCAAACAAAAGUCCACGUUCUUUCUUUCUUUCUUUUUUCUGAAGGCAUAUGAGCAAAGACAAUGUCGCAGUUGUAACCUACCGCAUCACAUCACAAGUAGCCAGCACCAGCUCGAAGAACAUUGAUGUUCUUGAAGAAUAUAGAAUGUGUUUCUGUGAAACACAGACCAUCACAUGGGCCUUCUGUUCCAACAAGGAACAAGGCUAGGCAGGAAAUGUUGCAUGUGGACGUUUGUCAAGGAAAUUGAAGAGAGAGUCUGCUGCUGGGAGGGUAGCUCACAUCACUGCCACUCAACGCUUCAUUUGCUUCAGUUUCAGGACGAAGGCCUCUCCGAGCGAUCUGUUACCCCUAUCUUGCACUAGCCGAUCCCAACCUCCUCAUGGCUGAAAACACUGGCGGCAAAAGGUGGCAAAACCCGUAUAUGCGUUGAACUGAAGUUAGAGCAAAUAAACAGAUGUCCUGACGUUAAGAAACGUUUUAUUUGGCAUGCAUGCAUGCAAUUUAACAAAAUGGGCCCAUGUUCUGCACAUAAAGCAAAUAAAAAACAGUGGAAGCA